AUGAAGCCCCUUCUCCCACCGACCAAGCAGCUACACCAAUUCUACGGGGGUUCUGACCUAUCCGUAAGCCCCCCCUCCCCCCCGAAUCAACAGCCCCUACUUAUGUCUCACAAUCAGUUCCUCUUCUCUAACCAGUUCAAACUUCAAACCAUUCUCUCCUUAGGCUCUCUUCUCCAAAUAAUCCUCUGCGCCACUUUCCCCCUCCGCUACGCCGCCGUCCCCGCCACGACUCUUCUGCUUAUCUCUAUCCUCACCACCAUCCAACAAUGCUUCCGGCCCCAAAAAUCCCCCUUCAUGGUCGGCGUCCUUCCAGGAAGGACCACUGCUCAAAUCCCCGAUGAAUUCGGACAGUACGGUCCUGAGCUCUCCAAGGGCUCGGUGGUAGUAUUUCACCUCGGAAUACAAUAUAACCACCCCCUCGGAAUUUUCGCACCGCACAUUCGACAAAUUGCGAACCAAUUUCAAGCCAUGGACGAAGAUAUGGUCCGUCGAAAGGAUGAGCUUGGCUUGCUAGGAGUUUCUAUGUGGCGUGGGAACGAGCGUAGCUCAAACAAUACUAUGCUCAUAAAGUACUAUUUUAAGGACACCGAAAGUGUCCAUCAAUUUGCCCGCGAGGCCCAUCAUCAGAAGGCCUGGUCGUACUAUAAUCGCCAUAAACCUAGUUAUGUGGGCAUUUUCCAUGAAACUUUCAUUGUAAAUGGCGGGUAUGAGAAUGUGUAUGUGAAUUGCUAUCCCGUUCUGCUUGGUAGGGGUGAGGUCAAGGCCACUGGAAAGCAGAAUGAAGAAGGCGAGUGGUUGGGAACACUUGUUAGUGCUGAUAACUUGCGCCUGAACUGA